AUGAAGAGCACGGAGAAGUGCGUGGUCAACGGCAAGCCGGACAAGGGCUACCUGCACUGGCGCUGGCAACCCGCGGGGUGCAAUCUCUCGUCGCUGAAUCCGGUGGAGUUCCUCCUGCUGGUGCGGGGCAAACACCUGGCCUUCAUCGGCGACUCCACGGCGCGGAACCAAGCGGAGGCCCUCGUGUGCUUCCUCUCCUCCGGGGCGCGGGCCGAGACGGUCCACCGGUACGAGGAGCGGCUGGGGCGCAAGUUCUGGCGGUGGGUCUUCCCGGCACCGCACGGCGUCAACGUCAGCACGUACUGGUCGCCGUUGCUCGUGCGCGCCGAGGGCCACUCGGAGGACUACGCCAUGACGCAGCAGGCGGUGGUCCUGGACGCACUCACCGAGCUGUGGACGGCGGACGUCGGCGCAAUGGACGUCGUGGUGAUCUCGGCGGGCCACUGGUUCCCGCGCCCGGACAUGUACUACGAGGACGGGGAGGUCAUCGGGGUGUACUCCCGUCCGGACGUCAACAAGACCAACAUAGGAUACCUCGGCGUGUACCGCAAGGUGAUCCGGAGGACGCUCGAGUACGUCAACGCCAAGUCGUCGACGACCGGCGGCGACAAGCUCGUGGUGGUGGCGACCAUCGCGCCCGCUCACUUUGACAGUAAGUACGGCUGGAACCACCGGGACGCAUGCUCGCGCACGCAGCCGUACGAGGACGGGGAGGCAGAGGUGGCGACUGCGGACGCCGAGCUGAGGCAGGUCGUCCUGGAGGAGGUGGCGACGGCGGCAGCAGCGCAGACGACGCGGCGGUGGGGCGGUGUGCGGUUCGAGGUGCUCGACGUGACGAAGAUGACGACCAUGCGUCCCGACGGGCAUCCCGGGCCCUACCUCUUCGCACACUCGUACGACGGGCGCCCCGUGCCGGAGACCGUGGCCAACGACUGCCUGCACUGGUGCGCGCCGGGGCUGGUCGACACGUUCAACGACAUACUGGCCAAGAUGAUUGUUGCCGGUGUCUGA